AUGACACGACCAAAACCGCAGCGCAAACCGCAGCAACCAAAAUGGUCCAUGUUUCCCUUAAUGCACGAUAAUGUGGCCUUCUUGCUUGAAGUCGAAGACCUUCAUUUCACCUUUCACGAUCUCGACGAGGAUAUUGGUAGCAUCCAAACCUAUGACACUAGUAUCAUGGGCCGAUUCAACUGCCGCAACAAAAGAUGCGAGUCGAAUGGAUGGUCAAGCAUGAGAAUCGCCAUUACUAUUCGCAUGUACCCGGGCGAACAAUAUAAUGCCAGAGUGUACCAUCAACGGUGCAUUGCGUGCAACUUGCUAAGCAAGCCAAUUCUGGACGAUUCGUACGCAGAGAGGGUUGCGUAUCGUCUUAAAAAAUGGUGCGGAGUUGAGCUGGAACUUCCAGAAUUCUCGGGCCAAAGCAAAGGUCCACACGCAAAGGAAUUCUGUGAAGGUUGCAAGGCUGGACAUUGCAGCGAGGGUCGUCGGAUCGACGGACUAGUUGCCGCUCUUUCAAACUUCUCACUGGGAGGGAUCUGA